AUGUCUCUAACCGUUGCUCUGAUGAACUCAACGCUGCGCUCGGUUUUACGCGUCGCCACAGCCUCCAGCAGUACUAUAACAUCUCCAGCCCGAUGUCAGACCCGUUCCGUUCGCACCCCUGCGUACGAAGGGCACAUCCACCUCAGCUGGGUUGAGAACGGUAUCCUCGCACUUGGUUCUGCCCUGGUGUCGCUCUCAAAUCCACGGAGAGGAGACAUGGUCGCGGCGUUGGGGGACACCACGUCUGGGCCUGUUCUGCCCCGUCUACGAGACAGGAUGCUACAGAGUCAGGAGGGUCGCCAGAUCCUGAAAGACAGACCGCGAGUGAACACCCACACGGUUGACAUGAAUAAACUCGCGCUACUCCCCGAGGGCAGUUUCGGCCGCGCGUACGUUACCUGGCUCGAGCGCUGCGGCGUCACGCCAGACACCCGUGAACCCGUGCACUACAUCGAUGACCCGGAGCUCGCGUACGUCCUCCAGCGCUACCGCGAGUGCCACGACUUUUACCACUGCGUCUGCUCGCUGCCCGUCAACGUCGAGUCCGAGCUCGCGCUCAAGUUCUUCGAGUUCGCGAACCUCGGCCUCCCCGUUGCGGGCUUCUCCGCCGCGUUCGGCCACCUCCGCCUGAACCCGCAGAAGCGCGCGCGGCUGUUUAGGGAGUUCGUGCCCUGGGCAGUCAAGUGCGGGUCCACCGCGCAGAGCCUCAUCACGGUGUACUGGGAGAAGCGGUGGGAGCAAGACGUGGAAGAGAUGAAGCGGGAGUUUGGGAUCUGGGACCCUCCAGAGGCGCGCUGGAGCAAGCCUCUCAGCGAGGCGAAGGCGGCGGCGGAGAAGAGGGCAAAGGAAGCGCAAGCACAAUUGGCGCUAUCAUCAUGA